AUGCAUCCGCCACUGAUUCCCUGUAGAUAUGUUGAAAUUGGAGUAGAAUCAGGUCUUCCCGUUUCAGUCAAUGGGAAGAGGCUUUCUUCGGCAUCCCUACUUAAUGAGCUCAACAACUACAAGAUUGGUGGGACAAUCCUCUUCACCGUUGUACGAGAGUUGGAGUCUUUAGCUAUUGAUCGAGAAACCAUGCAAGUUAAGGAUUCGCUCGCCCUCAAAUAUGCGGAGCUAUUGUACGCAGGCAGAUGGUUUGACCCACUUUGUGAGUCAUUGGAUAAAUUCAUGGAGAAGAUUACCGAGUGUACGACAGGUUCAGUUGAACUCAAACUAUAUACAGAGAUAACACAAAAUCAUGUAUCAGUUAAGGUUAUGCAGUCUGCAUUGCCUGUUCACCAGUCUGAAAAUGCUCUCCCCAACCUCGACUGUUGGAGGUCUUGGGGCUGA